GACAGCAGAGCCAUCCUCCCCUGAGCUGCAGGGCAAACCUGCUUGGGAGAGAAAUGAUCAUUCAGCAAAGUCCUCUGGCUGCUUUCAGUGAUCCUUUCUCUGCUCCAGUGACAUCAGAAUAUCUGUAGAGGAGAAACCUAGAGGCUAUACCCAGGUUGCCUGUGACCUCCAAGAAGAUGGAAGCAACUACAGAAGGAGAUAAAUGAUGCUGCUGCUCUAUAAUCUCAUGGGGACAAGGACAAGGUGACUCACUGUUCAGAAGGAAACUUUGGACGAGGUCUUUCGCCUGCCACCACCAUGCCCUGCCACUCCGGGUAACUCUAACACAAAACCAAGGGCUAGCCAAGCCUCACGUGUCAAAAGAAGAUAGAAUGGCCAUGGAGCAAGCUGAACAUAACCCAAAUGCUACCACCAACCUCAACUUUGCUGCAAUCUACAAUCUCCACGAUGGGGAUUUAACCUCCUUGCGAAACUUCUCCUUCCCUUUCAAUUUCAGUUACAGUGAUUAUGAUCUGCCACUGGACAGCGAAGAUGACAUGACCAAAACUCGCACCUUCUUCGCAGCCAAGAUUGUAAUCGGGGUGGCUUUAGUUGCCAUCAUGCUGGUUUGUGGCAUCGGCAACUUCAUUUUCAUUGCUGCUCUUGCCCGCUACAAGAAGUUGCGAAACAUCACCAAUCUGCUGAUCGCCAAUUUGGCCAUCUCAGACUUUAUCGUGGCCAUCGUGUGCUGCCCCUUUGAGAUGGACUACUAUGUGGUACGGCAGCUGUCCUGGGAGCAUGGCCACAUUCUCUGUGCCUCAGUCAACUAUCUACGAACUGUAUCCCUCUAUGUUUCUACCAAUGCUCUCCUGGCUAUAGCUGUCGACAGGUAUCUGGCCAUUGUUCAUCCACUGAAACCACGCAUGAAUUAUCAAACAGCAACCUUCUUAAUCGCCUUGGUCUGGAUUGUCUCCAUACUUGUAGCUAUCCCAUCUGCAUACUUUGCUACUGAAACAGUGUUAUUUAUAGUGAAAAAUCAGCAGAAAAUUUUUUGUGGUCAAAUUUGGCCAGUUGACCAGCAGAUGUACUACAAAUCGUACUUCCUCUUCAUCUUUGGUAUUGAAUUUGUUGCACCUGUGAUUACGAUGACCUUGUGUUACGCCAGAAUCUCUCGGGAGCUUUGGUUUAAAACCGUACCAGGAUUUCAGACAGAACAGAUUAGAAAGAGGCUUCGAUGCAGAAGAAAAACUGUUAUGGUACUGAUGUGCAUCCUGACUGCCUAUGUCCUCUGCUGGGCACCUUUCUAUGGCUUCCAAAUUGUCCGUGACUUUUUCCCCACCAUUUUUGUGAAAGAGAAGCAUUACCUUACUGCUUUUUACAUAGUUGAGUGUAUUGCUAUGAGUAACAGCAUGAUAAACACCAUGUGUUUUGUAACUGUGAAAAAUAACACCAUGAAGUAUUUCAAGAAGAUCAUGUUGCUCAGAUGGAGAUCAACAUAUAACGGGAGCAAAUCUAGCACAGACUUAGACCUGAGAACAAAUGCAAUGCCUGUCACAGAGGAGGUAGACUGCAUAAAACUGAAAUAAAUCUUCUGCAGUUCUAAUCUCACCUAUUUUGGAGAAAUGAUAAAGAGGAAAUAAUGACUUCUCAGAAACUUUUCCCUUGUCUGUGGUAAUGCCCACCAUUGGUGAGAGCCCUCAAAAGCAGCCUACUAUGCAUUUCCACCAGAACUCUUUUCACUGGACUGCAGUAUAAUCGCGUAACUCACACUGAUGCUGUGCUUCAGUUCACUCACCUGUAAAUAUGAGAUGUAGACACUCAUUUUAGAGUUGUUUAAAAUUUAAGGUGAACAAAAUAGUCUAUGAAUGCAUUAAAGCAUAAUACAAUGAUGGAAGAGUUGAUUGCUGAUCCUAGCAAUGAUGCCUCUUUGUUUCUUCUUAAAAGAAAUCUCUUAACCCCUUUGAGAUUAUAUUUCAUACUUUUAAGCUAUUUGGUGUCCUUUUCCUUCUGCUCAUAAGAGGAAGGAUGUCAAAAAAAAAGCCCAUCUUGCUUCAUUUCAUUCUUUAUCCUCUCAGUUUAUCCCUCCUGAUGAAGCUUCUUGAAGUCUACAGACCACUAGAUUUCUAUUGUCCAAUGUAUAGCACGCUCUUAUGAAAGGCACAUUCUCUACAAAGCUAAAUACUGCUUCGCAGCCUAGUGAAGACCUCAGGUCUCCUCCUGUGACACCUUGUUUAAGAAUAAUUUUAAAAUAUUCUACUCUGUAGUUUUAUGUAGAGUGUUACUCUGUUCAUUAUGUGUUUCGAAAUGGCACGGCUACAUAUUGAAGGGACCUGUUCCCUCCUCUCACCUACAGGCACCCCAUGGCCAGCUUCUGCAGUCUUGAGUCACUAAGCUCUUCACAUAAUCAAACCCAAAAUCAAAGAGGUGGGGAACAACAUCUCCAGAUUUUCUAGUCCACCUCUCUGCUCAAGCAAGGUCAACUGGAACAGGUUCCCCAGGAUUGUGUCCAGUUGGGCUUUGACUCACCCCAGGGAUGGAGACUCCACUGCCCCCCUGGACCACCUGUGCCUGGGUUCAAAAGCCCUCACAGUGAAAAAGUGUUUUCUUAUGUUUAGAUGAAAUUCCAUGGGCUUCGACUUGUUUCUCAGUGGGACCUAUAUAAAAGAAUAGCUUGUUAGUGGGGAAAAAAAAUCUACCCUGCUGAACUAGGCCUAGAUAUCCUAUUGAGUCUGUGUACACCUUCAAAAUAAAGUGCAAGUCAGGCCAAAGUAGCAUAGAGAUCUUGAGAUGUUCGAUCCGUCCUUCUGCAAGCAAUGGAAGCAGUCUUCAGGCUUGAGCAAGCCAGCCACUGAUUAAGUAGCUCAUUGUCUAAUUAAACAUGAGACAAGAACUUGAGAUGAAUUCUGCAUUACCUCCUCCAGUGCUGUUUUUACUAAUCUUGACUUCAUGCAACUACGAGAUGGGUGUUUCUUAGCUGAUAAUCAUGAUAAAGCAGGUGACAGUAGCAGUAAUACCCAGUUAUUUAGACCACACAUAAGCUAUCAUGGACUUCUGUGUAUUGAAAUCAAGUCUUUUCUAUUGUGAUGACAAAUUCUUCCUGUUUUAAAAUAUGUGGUACCACCUACUUUUGGAGUAAAUGGCUUUUGUAAAUAAUUUGUCUAUUUGUGAAUUUAA